UCUUCCGUCGGGGAAAUUUGCGCAUGCGCAAGGACACAAACUCCAGCAGCAGACAGCUAGCAGACGACAGUGGACGCGACGGAGGGGCUGCAGGCUGAACGGGUUGUUGUGACGCAUUACUUGGGCCUGGUUUUAGUGACACGGCCGUGACAGGCCAGGGCCGCCAGGGCGAAGGGCUAGGAGGCGUGGCGGGCCUUUUUGGAACCAUUCGCGGCGCCCUUCAGGUCACAAUUCUGUACCUGCGACGUCCGUGGGUCCCCGGACCCUCUCCCCCGAAGGGCUCCAGGAUGAAGAGCACACGGACGUCCCGUCUGCCGAGCCUCCAGCGAACGAUAGAGGCAAUGUGGCCGACCAAGAGGACUUCUCAGCCACACCAUGAACAACUUGACGAUGAGGAUGUUGGUAAAAGUAAAGAGGAAUGUGAUGUUGAGCGAUGCUUAAAGCUUGUCAUGAUGGAUUUCAAUUCCUCACCUGACGGAUCUAUCGAAGACUUGAAGACAAAGCAAGAAAAUGCUGCCCAAUGUACGAUGGGAAAUGAAAAGCUGAAGUCGGCCAAGAAAGCCAUAGGGCAGAAGCACAACCAGAAGAAGUGCGCAAAAUGCAUGAAACUCUAUUAUGUGGUCAAUAUUCUAGUUGAGGGAUGCCUUAUGGCUUUGGUCAGACAAAGUUUGGAGCACGUCGAUCUGCUCAUCACCAAGAUGGAGCUGAAAGGUGUCACCGAUCGCGCCGUUUUUCAUCAGUAUUUGCAACAUGGCCUAACUCUUUCUGAUAAAGUAGACAGCUUUUAUCAGCGUCAGGAUCGAAUGUUCAAUGCUUUUAAAGUUUGUGCUCGAAUGCGGCACUCCAAAACUGCUCAAGAUUUAAUUAAGCAAGGCUUUGAGCUUCUAAAUGAAAUGAGAGAGCUGAACAACAAGUAUCAGGUAUCUAUUGAUAAUUUCUGUAACCUUAUGGCAGAAAAUGCGGGUGUGGAAGUGAACUAAUGUAUUUAAAGAAUAGCUUGUCUGGUUUUGAUAAUUUUCAACAAGUCAGCUCCUGUUGAAAGAUUCAUCUUCAUUAUUUUUGGAAGUAAUCGGCUCUAUCUUUUGCAUUGCGAAGACUGCAUUUUCAAUCUGAAUUUGCCAUUUUAUCCUGCAGUGUCAUUGUAGAUCAGAAAAUAAUGAUGUCACUUUAAGAGAAAUCUGUUGUAAAUAAAUGUAGUCAAUAAUGUGCAAACAAGAAAAAUAUUUGCAUAAUAAUCCAAAAGCAGAGUGAACAUAAUGCACUUUUAUUUAAGUCUUCAACUUUUAUUUCCAAAACUUCAAUUCUUCCAAUGAUAGGAUCCCUAGAAGUUGUGGUAGUAAGUAUGAAAUGAUAAAUUGUAUGCUUAGCUUUGUAAGAUUGAAAGGCUGAAGCUUAUGAACGUAUAGGCAAAUCUGUGUAAGAAAAAUGAAGAAGAAAGAAUCAAGCUGUUCAGCAUAUUGCUUUGUGAUUCAUUGUUUUUCCUGUCCCUUGCCUGUCUGGCUCUGGCAGAGGUUUUCUCCUGGAUUAGAUCAGGGGAGUACAAUGGGAUUUUUGUGUGAUGCUACACUUUACAAUCAAUCUCCUGUCAAAAAAGAUUGUUGAAGUAGAUGCUUAAAGGGUUGUAGAUUUUAAAUCACUUUACUUCAUUGACCCUGUAUUUACUGACUUGUUUUGUUGCAUGUUUGUGAUAUGUGAUUUUGUGAUCCUGCUGUUAGAGGUAUACCCAUGUCCUCAAAUUGAUCUAUUUUCUUGUCAAGUAUAAAAUCUUAUGAUACUGUUAAACAAUAUCAAUCAGGCUGUAAAAUUCAUGUUAACAAAUUCCUAUAAAUUUUUGAUAUAGUAUUCCCGCUUUUUUAAAGUUAUUAAUUCGUAUGUGUGUGCCAAUAAUGGGAAAUGUUAAUUGAGGGGACGAAAACGAAGUACAAUCAUACAAAUUUAUUAACUGUUGUUAGUCCAAGAAAAAUCCUUGCUAUUUUAGCUACUUUUUGAAAAACGUUUUUCUUAUAUGUCUUCUUAAGUGGUAUUUUCCCCUUAAUUAGUAACUCAGUGCAAAUGCACAAAUUUGGCAUUUAUCUAUUUGUAGUACAUAGUUAUGAGGUAAAACAAGGGAAAUUGUUCGGUAAGUGUAGGUGGUAAGGUAAGUGAAUUUAGUCUUGUACAAAUGCACUCAUUGCUCAACGAGUGCUCUUUUCGCCGAGUUGAUACUUAGAAUGAAAUUAUUUCAGUCAUUCCUUCCCUUUAUUCACUUUAAGAGGAAUCAAGUCACUUACUUUUUAAUCUCUUGGUUUUGUUUAGAAAAAUUCAAUAGUACAUUUCAAAUGCUUAAGCAAAAUUUUGCAGAGUGCAACUUUGGCAUGGUAGUGCAUAAAUGUGGAUCUAUGCUUCAAUGCAUAAUUUGGUAUAUGUGAUACGUAGAAACUUGUGGAAUCAAAGCAUUUAGAAUUUAAACUGCUUAGGUAUACCAGUACUUGAAUUGUGAUGGGUGGGACAGUUUGAGUGAGCUUGCAGGCUGUGACAUGAUACCUAUGUAAAUUAUUGUGGAAAACUAUAUCCCUUCUUAAAUGUUGCACCUUUUCAUCCAAUGUGAAAAUACUUUCAUAAUAGUGAUGACUUUGCUUUUACAUCUAAUUUUCUCAAAAAUUCAUCAAACUUAAAUGAGGGAUCAGAUGUUAAUUUCUUCCCAAUGGUGCUCUAUGCUGACAGCUCUGCUGAUGAAAGUUACUCUCGUUAGGAAAAAUCAGUGUGUUUCCCUCUUUCAUUAUAAUUAUUUUAGACUAUAUAGAUUUUUUUCUUUAAGUGAGCAAGUCAAACACCCCUAGAGAGGCAGAGAAGUCCAAAAAUAGCAAUGAGAUAGUGAUGGGCAGAAUUUGUUGAAUUCAAAAUGACAUGACUCUUAAUUCCGUUUUGUAUUUGCAUUGCCUAUUCUUGCUUGGAAUCUGCUCUUGUUGAUUCAAUUUUAUUUUUUUUUACUCGGUUGUAGCUGGGUUGCAGCCUUAUGAUGUCUUAGUCUGGCAGACGUGGGUAUUACAAAAUUGUAUUGCCAGAGUUCGCUUUUCUGAAGCUCUUUAUGAAGGAAAGAAGGAGACGCUUAGUUUUGUCAACUUGAAUAAAAAUACGCAAUAAAAUCAGAAAUUUGAACAGAUA